GCCUGCCCUGGCAGCCAUGAGGCCCCCGUGGUGUCCCCAGUACACGCCCUCCCUGGCUUCCCCGCUCCUUCUCCUCCUCUUCCUCCUGGGAGGAGGGGCAGAGGCUGAGGGCCCAGAGGACCCAGAGCUGCUGGUGACGGUGCGUGGGGGCCGGCUACGGGGCCUCCGCCUAAUGGCCCCUGGGGGCCCUGUCUCUGCUUUUCUGGGCAUCCCCUUCGCAGAGCCACCUGUGGGCCCCCGUCGCUUUCUGCCACCAGAGCCCAAGCGGCCCUGGCCAGGGGUGCUGAAUGCCACAGCCUUCCAAAGAGUCUGCUACCAAUAUGUGGACACCUUGUACCCCGGCUUUGAGGGCACCGAGAUGUGGAACCCCAACCGUGAGCUGAGUGAGGACUGCCUCUACCUCAAUGUGUGGACAACGUACCCCCGGCCCGCGUCCCCCACCCCUGUCCUCGUCUGGAUCUACGGGGGUGGCUUCUACAGCGGGGCCUCCUCCCUGGACGUGUAUGAUGGUCGCUUCCUGGCCCAGGCCGAGGGGACUGUGCUGGUGUCCAUGAACUACCGGGUGGGAGCCUUCGGCUUCUUGGCCCUGCCGGGGAGCCGGGAGGCCCCAGGCAAUGUGGGUCUACUGGAUCAGAGGCUGGCACUGCAGUGGGUGCAGGAGAACAUAGCAGCCUUCGGGGGGGAUCCGACGUCAGUGACUCUGUUUGGGGAAAGCGCAGGUGCCGCCUCCGUGGGCAUGCACCUGCUGUCCCCACCCAGCCGGGGCCUGUUCCACAGGGCCGUGCUGCAGAGCGGGGCACCCAAUGGGCCCUGGGCCACAGUGGGUGUGGGAGAGGCCCGCCGCAGGGCCACGCUGCUGGCCCGCCUCGUGGGCUGUCCGCCUGGUGGGGCUGGUGGCAAUGACACAGACCUGGUGGCCUGCCUGCGGACGCGGCCGUCUCAGGAUCUGGUGGACCACGAGUGGCAUGUGCUGCCUCAGGAAAGCGUCUUCCGCUUCUCCUUCGUGCCUGUGGUGGAUGGAGACUUCCUCAGUGACACGCCCGAAGCCCUCAUCAAUGCUGGAGACUUCCAUGGCCUGCAGGUGCUGGUGGGUGUGGUGAAGGAUGAGGGCUCCUAUUUUCUGGUUUACGGGGCCCCAGGCUUCAGCAAAGACAACGAGUCUCUCAUCAGCCGGGCCCAGUUCCUGGCCGGGGUGCGGGUCGGGGUCCCCCAGGCAAGUGACCUGGCUGCCGAGGCUGUGGUCCUGCAUUACACAGACUGGCUGCACCCUGAGGACCCGGCGCGCCUGAGGGAGGCCAUGAGUGAUGUGGUGGGCGACCACAACGUCGUGUGCCCCGUAGCCCAGCUGGCUGGGCGACUGGCCGCCCAAGGCGCUCGCGUCUAUGCCUACAUCUUUGAACACCGUGCAUCCACGCUCUCCUGGCCCCUCUGGAUGGGGGUGCCCCACGGCUACGAGAUCGAGUUUAUCUUCGGGCUCCCCCUGGAACCCUCGCUAAACUACACUGUCGAGGAGAGAACAUUUGCCCAACGACUGAUGAGAUACUGGGCCAACUUCGCCCGCACAGGGGACCCCAAUGACCCCCGGGACCCCAAAGCCCCGCAGUGGCCACCAUACACGGCGGGAGCGCAGCAGUACGUGAGCCUGAACCUGCGGCCGCUAGAGGUGCGGCGGGGGCUGCGCGCCCAGGCCUGCGCCUUCUGGAACCGCUUCCUACCCAAAUUGCUCAGCGCCACCGCCUCGGAGGCCCCCUGCACCUGCUCAGGCCCCGCCCACGGGGAGGCUGCCCCGAGGCCCAGGCCCGGCCUCCCCCUGUCCCUCCUCCUCCUCCUCUUCCUCCUCCUCUCCCGGCUCCUGCGGCUGUGACCACGGCCUCUUCCCCCUCCGGCCUCAGGGGGCCCCUCCUCUAAUGAGUGGUCGGACUGUGGGGAAGGGCUCCACUCAGGGAUCUCCGACCCAGCGCCCCCUCCCUCCUCAAACCGAGACACUCAAACUGGACAGGGCUGGGAACAGGGGGGUGGGAGGACACCUACGACCCAUCUCAGGGAUCCACACGCCUUUAUUGUUUAAAUGGAAAUCAAAAAGCCAAUUUUCCUUUUUUAUACAAUUAUUAGUUGGAGCCUGAGCUUGGUGUUGGGGUGGGAGGGAGGCCCUAGGGCUAGAUAGCAACCCCAGUGGGGCUAUAACCGCCAACCAUUUCUGUCUCUUCUCUUUUCCCCACCAACCCACGGACCCUCCUCCUCUGAUCCCUUCUGUGCCCCCGUCUUCCGGUCAUUUUCUCCCCCUCCCUCCUCCUUCCCGCCAUCCUUCUCUGGCCCCGCCUCUACCCUCGUCCUUCCCCUGGUCUUCCGUCUGUCGUCUGUUCUCCUGAUCCUCUUUCCACCACCCCACGUGGUCUCCUACAUUCUCCGUGUGUCCUCCCUGAACCCACGCCCCCCUCCAUG